AGGUGAGGUGAAGGAGCCCUAACCAUGUGAUCGGUUGAAACCCCGCCCACCGCUAAUUGGGACGCAGGUGUCAGGCGCUCGUCCUCCUCUGCGAUUGGUUGUCGGCGCUCCUCAGCCUGGUUAAAGUGUGCGCGCGCUCGUCUUCUUCUUCUUCUUCUUCUUCUGUCCUUCCCGUCGCCAGGCGCGACGUGUGCUAUUUUCGCGUCGUCUCGGCUUUGCUUUUUUUCCCCGUCGUGAUGGCGACUCGCCUGUUGGCCGUCCUGCUGUGCUGCGCCGCGGCUCUUCCGGGCCUCCCGGCGCCGCCUUCGCCGGAGGUCACGUGCGGCGAGGACGGCGCCGAGGCGGCGGCCGGCCUCGCCGUCCGACACGUCAACGCGCAUCGCCGGCACGGAUUCAAGUUCCGCCUGCGCGAGAUCCAGAGCAGCGAUUAUCGACAGGUCGGCGCUUAACACGCCGAGCGAUCGUUCGGCUUCUUCGAAAGGGGGAAAAUGCUCGAUCGUUGGCGAACGUUGUUCUUUUCUCACUUGAGGCCGUUUAUCGCCGGCGGAGUUGCUAGCACGGCGCCGGCGCGUCCUUGGCCCGCUAUGUUUGUUUUCGUAACGUCUUUCCGUCUGCCUCAGUUCCCGGGAGGUUGCCACAUCGACGUGAACGUCAAGCUGGCGGAGACCAAAUGUCACUUCACCGACCCCGAACCGCUCGACCGAUGCCGGCUGUGGCGACUGAACGAACGGGGCGCCGUGGCCACCUGCAGCGUCGAGUUUUGGGUCAUGCGGGGCGCGGCCAAAAUCACCAGACACGAAUGCACCACCAGACCAGAACACACCAACGAGGAGCUGAUGACCAUUUGUCCUUCCUGCCCCAAGUUGUUGGCUCUCGACGACCCGACGGGCGCGAGCGCGGUCGACGCGGCGGCGACCGCGUUCAACCGAGACGGCCGACGGCGGAAUUACUUCACCCUGAUGGAAGUGGCUCGGCUGACCGAAGAGUACGUCGCGAGCGUGGGCACGAUCACCUGGCUGGCGUUCGCCCUGGUGGAGACCACGUGCCCCAGAGAGGCCACGAGCGGUUUCGCGGCCUGCACGCCUCGCUGCCCGGACCGAGCUAAUCACGUCUUUUGCCAAACUUCCUAUUACAACGUCCACAGACAAGUGGGAGAACUUUCCUGUGAAACGUAUCCACCCAAAAAUUCCGCCGCCCUCCCGGCCGGCGAGCCGGAGCCCGUGUGCCGGCCGCUCUUCCACCAAAGCGCCGAAGCUUGCGUUUGCCAGGCGCGGCUGAAAAAACCCGACGCGGCCGUCCACCACAUUUGUCCCUUCCCGCUCAAGUGAUGUCGGCGUAUUGGUCGAGUCCGCAAUAAAAACCCUUGAAAGUU